CGGCGCGUGAGCACGUAGAUUGAGUAAUAUUGGUCAAACGAUUUUACGCUUCCGAAUAUUCGUAAAUGUUCGACGGGAUUUAUUUGUGUAGUGGAAUUGAAAGUUGAUUCUGCUUAGAAGACGCUGCCAAGAAAGUCAUCACAAUUAGAAGAUAUUUGAUAUUUUUCAGUUCAGUGUUCUUAAAAAUUAAUCAUAGUGACUGUUUUAAAAUGUCUUCAGAAAUGAGGUUUUCAAGGUUUACGACGCGUAUGAUUUUGAGAGCCAGAAUAGUGAUAAAUUAUUAUUAGUGCUUUUUAGUGAAUUCGGUAGUGGAAAAACUGUUUAUUUUUAAGUAUAUCUUCGUUGCAUCAACGUCAAAAACGUCUACUGCUGGUCAUCAAGGCCUCUAGAAAUGGUCUCUACAGAACACGGUCUUAUUCAGUAAACCCAGUAGCUCUCAGAGAUCUGCUCGAAAUCGUCCAUCUACCUAAUGAGGGAUUUGCCAACGCUGCAGCUGCAUUUAAAAUGAUUAAUUUUUAGGAAGAGUAACUGAUCGCUAACAUUUUGUGUUACAACCAUGAAUUGGUAGUUCGCUGACAUUUUGAGAAGGUUUACAUGUUAAUCUACUUCUACUAGAUACUACAAGACUGUAAAGUCCAAUAAAGUGAAAGUGUUAAGUUUGUAAAGCUAGAAUUUAGUACGAAUGUGCUUGCUGAGAAUGAGGACACGGUUGAACAAGCAAAUAAUUCAAUGACAUCACCGAUAGUACUUGUGCUGUACUUGGCACUUGUUUGGUCUUCCAUUGGCGUAGUAUCAGAACAAACAGCUGAUAAUAAUAGUACCAAACAAAAAAUUAUGCAAAGCAUAACGGAAACUGUAGAAGAAUUAGUUAAAGAAGAUAAUAUUUAUGAUAAGAAUACAAGAAUAAGUAAUAGGACCAAUGUAGUUAGUGAUAAGAAAAAUUUAACAGAUUAUAUUUUAAAAUAUGAGACAAAUGGUGAUAAGGAAAACGAGAUUGCUAUUGAUAGUGUCAAAAACUAUGAUGAAAUUUAUACAGAGAAGAAUAAUAUUUUAGAUAGACUUAUAGAUAUUAAUAGUGAUAAAGUUAGUAAAUUGAGAAACAGUAAUAGUUCUUUACAAGAUUUUAUUAAGGAAAAGAGAGUCAAAAGAGAAGAAAAAGUGAGCAAAUGUGACAGUUUCACUUAUGAAAAGGGGAAGAAGUUUUUAUCGCAUCCUCAUAUUGGGGAUAAUGACAAUGUUAAUUACUCUAGCAGCACUUAUUGUACAACAGUAAUACGUGGUCCAGAAGGAAAUGUAGUCCAGUUGUCUUUUAUUGACAUGUUCCAUAUAGAAGAGCAUCCAGAGUGUGAUAAUGAUUAUUUAGAAAUUCGCGAUGGUGACAAAGGUUACUACAAUCUCUUGGGGAAACUGUGCGGAGAGGACUUCCCAUCGCAAAUUACCACUACAGGCCCUUACGCUUGGUUAAAGUUUUAUUCAGAUGACACCAUAGAAUAUGAAGGCUUCCGGAUCCAAAUCGAUUUCAUACCAAAGGAUACGAGCUACAGCGUUCCCGAGACAUGUGUGACGCACUUGCAGGGAAAGUACGGAAGGAUCGACUCAAACGAUACGAAUAAAGCUUGCGAUGCUGAGACUGAAGACGAAGCCCUGGACUACCUUUGGAGCAUCGACGUGCCAGUGGGAUACAAGAUCUAUCUCAAUUUCACUAAUUACACUGUAGGAGAACCCAAUGAAUGUGAUCAAAAUUUCGUCCAAGUUUUCGGGAAAGUUUUGGAAUUCGAUGAAAAACUAGCUCAUUUCUGUGGUUCCGUGGCUACUUCAGUGGCAACCACGGGCCCUGAGCCAGGCGGCGCCACCGAGGGUGACGACGAUGGCCACAUAAUGCAUGUCCGUCUUUAUGCAGCGAAGGAGCAAAGAGAGAAAACUUAUAUAGAUGCUACAUUCACUGCAUACCGAAUGUUGGAUCUGAGUAAAAAUAAUACAUGCGAUGCAGAAACUGAAUUCGACUGCCAAGAUAGCACUUGCAUCGACAUCUCUUUGAGAUGUGAUAACUAUGCCAAUUGCAGACUCAAGGCUGACGAAGAGAAGGAUCUAUGUAUGCACACAACAGAAUCCCUGAUGCAACAGACUAGUAUCCAGGCCAUCGUGAGCGUCUUUUGCGUCAUCCUCUCUGGCAUUAUCUUUGUCUUCCUCUAUAAGUGUAUCAUGAAACUUUACAAUGACCACAAGAUUAUUAAGGAACAGAUGAGCAAGUCCUGUGAAGACAAAUUAGACAGCAUGUUUGGAAGUCAACUCUUACUUGAUGCGAAGCGAAUGCAAAGCGAUAUCGGGCCACGAGCGAGUCUGGAGAGAGACAACGAGACCAACGAGAUGUUCAAACAGCAGAGGAAGUUGCAGCAGAAAAUACGGCCAUCCAGUAUAGAUUCGGAUUUUAUACCAGAACUUAAUCCAGACUUUGAAGAAGAAGUUUGGCGAGAAAAAGUGAAUGGCGUCUCUAAAACAGAAGAUGAAAUAAAAACACAUCAUAGAAAGACAAGAAGAAAAGAAUUUCAUGAAAUCGAGGGUAUAAUAAUAGAAAGUGAUGAAAAAACAAGAAGAAAAGAAGACAAAGAUGAAGAAGACGUAAAAAAGGAACGCAAAGAGAAAAAAAGAAUAAAAGUGAAACAAGAAAACUUAAGAAAGAAAGAAGACUUGAUAAAAAAGAAAGAGGGCGAAGAAAGGAAUCAAAUAAGUGAAGCAAGAGAAAUGUCAGUCAGUGUUCCAGAUACUAAACAGUCUGGAUGUCAGACAAGGGAAAGUUUAUUUGAGACUGACCCGGUAAUAAGUUCAAAUGUCAUUGAAACAGUUGGUGUUCCGAAUAUGAAACAGUCUGGAUGUCAGACAAGGGAAAGUCUACUUGAUACCGAGCCUAUAAUAAGUUCGAAUGGUUCUGGCUCUGCACAUAUCAGAAGUUUGAAUAAGUUUGGAUACUCCAGCCCUAGCGCAGCUCGGCCAUCACCCCCUCAGAUCAAACCUUCAGAAAUCAUCAUAGAAGUGAUUAGACCAAAUAUUGAACAGGAGAGAAAAACACAAAAGAAAAUAUUGGCGGACCGUCGACCAAUGAGUGCGGAAACCACACGAUCAGCACCCGAUGUCAUCAUUUUAGCCAAGCCAGCUCCAUGAGGAUGACCUUUUGGGAAUCAACCAAGAACCAAAGUAAACUCGAAACUCUACUGCCGUAGUUUGACAGCUGCAGUGUCACCACUUAAUAAACUCUGAUUGGCAGACACUCUCUCGUAUUGGCUAAAAUGCACAGAUGCAGCAAGAAUAUCAUAAAUUCAGCCAAUCACAUCAAUCGCAAUUGUAGUAAUGUGAUAACAACUUUCAUCCUAAGAUACUAGGGAGUCGAUUGCGGGGAAAAAAGCUAAUACAAGUGAACUGAUUGCAUUACCUAUUACUACUACCGGAACACCGCACACAAUUUAUGAGUGUGGGUAACGUAUGAGCUAAGCUCUGAGCAAAGCCAAUCGGGCGGGACAAGGACAACGCUAAGCAACAUUAGCAAAAAUACCGUAAAUUCAGCCCAUUACAACAAUUGAGUUCGAUACAACUUUACUGCAAUCGACCAGCUGUUACUCCGACGAAAGUUUAAUUUUUAAUACUUUUAUGAAUUAACUGUGAAACUUUUAAUUUAAUAAUAAUUAUUUAUUAAGAGCUGCAUUUACGCUGCAUUUUCUGUUUUGAUUUAUUUAUUAGUAUUUUGAAAAAUGUACCAAAUAUUUUGUUUUGAUAAUGCUGCUUCGGUUGCUUGUAUAUGUUUAGUUUACAGUUAGUUAAUUAUAAAAGAGUACUUAAUAAAGUUUUCACACUGUUUCCUGUGGAAAUGGACGCUAACAUUGUCCUGUGAAUUUAUUUCAGUUUACAUUGUAAACAACUGAAUAACCUAACACGUUGAAUGUUGUUUUAGAUUAAUCGUAUCUAUCAAACAUAACAAAUGUUGUAAAUAAAUUGUUAAAAUUU